ACAAUCAUUGUAGGCAUGAAGUCGUUCGUCAACGACAUCUUCGAGUGCAUCAUGGGCGAGGCGUCGCGCGUGGCGCAUUACAAUAAGCGCUCGACCAUCAUCUCCAGGGACAUCCAGACGGCCGUGCGCUCUCUGCUGUCCGGGGAGCUGGCCAAGCGCGCCGUGUCCGAGGGCACCAAGGCCGUCACCAAGUACACCAACUCCAAGUAAA